AUGGCUCCUCGUCGGACUGUGAGCGAUAGGCCACGCGGCUGGUCUCAGGAAUCGAGCGAUUCGCAGGAGGAGCUCAUCCUUUAUCGAGGCAACCGCAUUGUGAAAGGACCUCAGAGACAGCCGGUCGUCCCACCAACCACCCAGCGAGCUCAGCAGGAUGAAGGAUUUGCUCGAUUCCUCAAGAAACACUCGUCUCCAACUCAUCAACGAGUCACUGCUGGGGGACGUAUUGUGCCAAUGGAGCAGCGACCGCGCCCUCCACCAUUUCCACUGCCAAAUUCAAAGCAAGAAAAAGAGCCGGGAUGCGUGGAUGAUAUGGACAAUGAAGGUGAAUGUAGCGGCAUGGACCAUCAGACAUCAAAUUCAGAGACGAACAGUCAGGUCAAGGCCCGCCCGGAAGGUGCAGACGGACAAUUCUUGCAUCCGCAGGUUCACAUGCUCGCCAACACCAAUAUCAUGCCUGGUCCUGUCAACGUCAACUUGAUGGCUACCACAGAUGCCUUCUCCAUGGACGGUCCACGUGUCCAAGCACCAUUGUUUCCUGGACUUCUGACACCACCAAUGUUCCCAAACAUGUACGAUCCCUUUGGUGUUCCAGGUGGCCAGAUGUAUCCUGCCAGUACGUUGCCUCUCGCUGCGCCGUUGACGGGCUUCAGUGGAAAUAUGGAUGGUCCGUACUCAAUGCAUAUGCUGCCUUCGCCAGAGUUGACAUACUUUCCGGUGAUGGAUGCUAUGCCAGCUGCUCAGAAUGAGGUUCGAAUUCCAGAUGAUCUACACUCCAACAAGAUGCUGCAGGAUGCCAUUACCCGCUUCAACGAUCUCGAUCAGCAACUCAAAAAUCUUGAUCGCCAUCGAGCCAUGGGUGAGCGAGAUCCUCAGAUCACUGGUCAGCGUAUAACCAUUGUCGAACUUCGUGCAGAUGCAAAAGCAGCAAUGAAUUAUUGGACCUCAGUCGUGGAGAACGAGCUCAAGGCUCUUGGACAGCAAUGCGUGGACCGUCCCACUAGCACUCUCAAUGUGGAAGCUGCUGCCUACAUUCCUCUUGGUGCGAAUAAAGUCGCUUCACCAAUCGACAACGUCAAUGGAAGUGCAAAGUCGGCCAACAACGCCCCGAACAUUGCACUCAAAGCUCCCCCCAAAGCCGGCCCUCAUCGCAUCCCGAUCGUGGCUCCUCCAGAAAAGGCAGCUUUUGGCAGAAGUACGAACAACGACAAUGCAUCAGAUGCUGACUCGGUUGAAGUCGACGAAUGGGGUUCUCGCAUUGGUGACCCACCAGAAGAGAUUCAAGCUCAGCAGAGUGAGAUGCUGUUGAAGUUGGGCCGCGAACUAAGCAUCUCUCCUCAAGUGUCAUUUCACAGCUCUGAUGCGAUCAGUCCUGCUGAGAUGACCCAUUCGGUGACAUUGAAGUCGUCCCCUCUCAAGCAUCAACUCAGAGAAGCAGCCAUCGAGCAGAAUGAAGAGAAAGAAUCAAUCAACGGAGAGUGGCUACCUCCUCAGCCGGGUCGUGCUCCUCCUACAGUUGAAGCCUUCUACGAGGUGCAACUCGACGCAAUGCGUCUGCCCAAAGGAUUCACCACUAAGGUCAAAUUGCCGGAUGGUAGCAUUUCCGAGAUUGCAGGUCAAGGAUUGCGUCGGCCACCUUCUUGCGAAAUGGACGAGUUUGAACGACGAUAUUGGACGGAGAAGCCGGAACUGUCCUCGGAAAUGGCCACCAACUUUGUCGACAUAACUGCCAAUGCGGACAAUAUUUGUGCGGAUCGAAAGAAUCAGAAGGAAAAUGCUCUGGUGGUCCUGAACCACUGUAGCUCUGGAUCUCCGGAGAGAUUGGUCAGCGACUUUGAAGCACCAGGAAUCGAGAGUGCCCGGGCCUUGAAGCUUCCACGAUUUGGCCGGAAAGCCUACACCUCAAUCACGGCGGCUUCAAAUGGAUCGGAUACGGCUCUAUCGACGUGGGGACAACCUACUCCUACUUCGCCGCUGCGUUUGUCGCGCGACAAGGUGGGCUGGUCAGCAAGUGAGCAAUCGAAGAUUGGACUCGACACAGCGUACGAUACAGCCAUCUCCAAGGGCUUCUCUUCAGUCUCUGUCCAGAACGUUCAUGCCAUGGGUCGCUUGCCGCACAUGUUGGACGGCGCAACUGACAGUCAACGCCGCUCAGCCAUGUCUUUGCUCUCCGCAGCUGGCAAGGUUCGAAGCCCUCCGCUUGUGAGAAGCCCGACUACUCCUGCAAUUGGCUUUCAUGGUGGCUCUCAAGAUCGUGAGGUUGGCGGCGUGACGUUGGAGGGGGAUGAUGUCUUUCGACCUCAGUCGGCUAAGCAACAUGUGAUGUGAGGUUGUCGGAGUCGAGACUUGUUUGCCGCAGGUUUGUGGUGCGGUCACAAGUACAAGGAAUUCCAUUUUGCCCGAGUGUAUGAAACACACGAAUUGGUCAUGUCCGUUGGGCGGCAUGCGUUGGUAAGCUUGUAUGGUGUUUCAGAAUAUCACAGAAACACGGCGGCAUUGAACUUGAACUGGUCAUGGAAAAAGAGGGAUUAAUUGCUGAUGUCCUGAAGUGAAAGGAGCUAUGCAAGCAUUCAGGAUGUAUUUUACCCGUCGACAUCAAAGAUGAAGAGAAUGCGUAUGGAGACAUUGACUAGGUAGUGUCGGCAGAAUAGCUGCAAUUGGAG